AUGACCAAACUCAUUCCGCAUUUUUCACUCACUCGGCGAGCGGGUGGGUUUGUCUUUGUUUCUGGCCAGUUGCCCUUUGACGAAGAUAUGCAGAUUGUCGAAGGCGAUAUCGUUGUUCAAACUCGCCAGUGUCUGAGUAAUCUUGAAGGUGCGCUGAAGACAGAAGGGUUAACACUGGCCGACGCCGUAAAGAUCACGGUUUGGCUGACUCAGCGGGAGGAUUUUCCUCGCUUCAAUGAAACCUACGCCGAGUAUUUUCCGGACCUGGCGCCGGUUCGCACUACGGUGGGUUCUUCGUUGAUGGUGCCAGGAGCGCUGAUCGAGAUGGAUGCCCAGGCCUGGGCGGGCUAG